CAGCACACACAGUAUAAAUUAUCACAGUGCAUUCCAUCCUACCAGUGAAGUAAGUACGUUUCCAAACCUUCAAACAACAUGCAGAACGUGUACUUCCCGCAACCGACACGCGCGGAGUCCCCGUCAAAGGAUGGCAAGUCACGAGCACCUCGCGCGGACGGACGCAGUGGCGACGAGUUCCGCGGAUGCUUCAUGCGAUGCGGCGUUCUGAGUCAUGCUGCAGGGUCGGCGUACGUUGAGUUUGGGCAGACGCGAGUCGUGUGCGCAGUGUACGGGCCUCGCGCCGAGACGAACCCUCGACAGACGAAAGGGCAGCCCAUCACAUGCGAGAUCAAGCUUCCGUCGACGAUGGCGACGUUCGAAUCGGAGUUUGGCAAUCUCAUGCGCCAAGCAUUGGAGCCUGCGAUCCUCGUAAACAAGUUCCCCAAGUGUCAGGUGAGCAUCCAUGCCGUGGUGUUGGAAGGGCACGGCAGCGAACUGAGCGCCGCGAUCACAUGUGCGUCGUUGGCGCUCGUGGAUGCCGGCGUGGAAAUGAUCGACAUGGUGGCGGCAUGCAGUGCCGGGGAAUGGGACGGGAACAUCGUCCUCGAUCCGACCGCCGACGAACAGACGACCAAGCACGUGCUCGUGGCGUUCAUGGCGGCGCAAGGUCAGAUCACGCAUCUCAUACAGCAAGGAAAACUCAGCUACGACCGCGUCCAAGAAGCCAUCUCGCUGUGCACGGACGGAUGCGCGGGGGUGCUCAGCACCAUGAUGCGUGCCAGCGUCAUCGAAAGCUUAAAGGAGCGAUCAUAAUACUGCCGAUACCAUCGUGCAUCGUGGUACUAUGUGUUGAAUAUCCUUGGAGCAUAGAUAGCACCUUUGUCAUGUCUUUGAGAAUGGUGAUCGAGCACCGGUG